UUCCUUUUACAAGAGAAUGAGUCUCACUCUGAUCUCUCCUCAUAGAUAGCCAUAUAUAGCCUAAUACUAUUACACCUUCACUUACACUUACACUUACACUUACACUUACACGUACACACCCUUUCCAUUGCAUGUUAACCCCACACCUCACACCUGUCCCUAUUACACAUUCCCUUUCCUUUCACGCAUUUCCUUCAUCAUCACUUUCAUUCCCUUUCUCUCUUUCGCACAAACCCCACAUUCUCAUGGCUGACGCUAACCCAAUCUCCCCCCAAACUCACAGAUCAACAAGAACAACCCCCAAUGCUAUCUCAGCAACUUUUCUUCGAACACUUCAAGACCAUACCCCCAACUCAACCCAACUCGCCGGAAUCUUAACCCUCAUCGUCACCGCCUCCGUCCUUCUCCUCCUCACCGGUCUCACCGUCGCCGGAGCCGUUCUCGCUCUCAUUUUUUUCUUGCCGCUCAUAAUCGUUUCGAGCCCAAUAUGGGUCCCUGCUGCCACCUUUCUCUUCGUCCUCGCUGCAGGGUUCUUCUCCGUUUGCGGUUUCGGCGUUGCCCUCGUCGCUGCCCUCUCUUGGAUCUACCGUUACUUUCGGGGGCUCCACCCACCCGGUUCGGACCGGGUCGACUACGCUCGGACCCGAAUUUACGACACUGCCUCUCAUGUGAAAGACUAUGCUAGAGAAUACGGUGGGUAUUUGCAGAGUAAGGUUAAGGAUGCAGCGCCAGGAGCUUAAUUAGGAGGAUCCAAUCCAUACCAACCGGUUCGGUUCGGGUUUUGUGGAUCGUAUCGUAUGAUCUUAGUGACCCUCCAUGUUCUAACUGUAGAAAUUUCCAUCAACUUUUUUUAUUUUUUGUUCUCUCUUUUCUUUUUCUUUUUUUGGUGAAUGUGUUUGCGUUAUGUUCCUCAACUUUAUUUCCUCGAAUCUAUUUCUAU